AUGCUUUUCCUGGCUCUCCCUGUCCUUGCCUGCAUUGUUUUCACCUCUCUGGGCGUUGCUUCUGGCUCUCUUGCUGCGCUUUGGCAGUCAGUCUUUGGUAUCGGACCAGUCUUCAGCCUGCUUCAAAGUGCAACUACCGGUGGUGUGUACGCUGGUGCAAUUGUCUCGACCAGCACUUCGGGUAUGGUCGGUGGUUUGCUGUACGGCAUCAAGUCGUUUAUCAUGCUUCCGCCUAAGAAGCUCGACUGGUGGGAGACAGAAGAGUUUGAGGCGGUCGCCGGAUUUUUUAUUAUGCUGCUGGCUUUGUGGGGUUUGAAGUGCGUCCUGUACAGAAGAUGA